CUGAAUUCAAGAGAAACGAAACUUAUUUCUCCUCUAGUACACAACCUCUAGUCUAAUAGAUCCACACCGCUGUUCUUUGGGAUAAACUGUAAAGGAAAUCAUUUGAGCUGUAUUUCUGUCGAGCUCUUAUUACAGGACAGAGACUGAGAAUCUGUUCAUCUUUGAACACUGCAAAGAAAUGGCAGAGUCUGCAGCGAGUCAGUAUGUGGAUCAGUUCAGCUGUCCAGUCUGUUUGGAUCCUCUGAAGGAGCCGGUGACGAUUCCCUGUGGACACAGUUACUGUAUGAGCUGUAUUACUGACUGCUGGGGCCAGAAGGAGCAGGGGCCGCCGUACCACUGUCCCCAAUGCAGAGAGAGCUUCAGUCAGAGACCUCUACUGAAGAAGAACACUCUGAUAGCUGAGAUGAUGGAGACGCUGCAGAAGACGUCCCUACAAACGGCUGCUGUGGAGUGUGAUGUUUGCACUACAGAGAAGAACAGAGCUGUAAAGUCCUGUCUGCAGUGCUUGGCCUCCUUCUGUCAAACUCACCUGCAGCUUCACUAUGAAUCUCCUGCGUUUAUGAAGCACAAACUAGUCGAAGCUUCCAGAAACAUUCAGGAGAACAUCUGCCUCAGUCAUGGGAGACUUCUGGAGAUUUACUGUCAGGAUGAUCAUCAUUGUAUUUGUUACUUGUGUAUGAUUGACGUCCACUAUAGUUCAGCUCUAGAGACCAUGGAGGACAUUGAGAAGGUCUUCACUGAGCUCAUCUGCUCUCUUGAGAAGAAACGCUCUGAGAUUAAAGAGCAGAUCAGAGCUCAGGAGAAGACCGAGAUAGAUCGAGCAGAGGAACUUCACAAACAUCUGGAUCAAGAGCUGACAGAACUCAGAAAAAGACAAGCAGAGAUUGAGAAACUUCUGAUUACUGAAGAUCAGGUCAUUUUUCUGAAGAGCUGUCAGUCUGUGUGUGUUUUACCUUCAUUUGAAGACGUUCCCAGCUUUACUCAACACACUCAUCUGUCUUUUAAAGACAUUUCAAUCUCAGUGUUUAAGAAGGUUUUGGAGGACGCCUGUCAACAACAAAGAAGGUCACGAGAAGUGUCAAAUGUUAAUGUUACAAAGCCUCCAGAACCAAAGACUCAAAAUGAUUUUUUGCAGUAUUUCUGUGAACUUCACCUAGAUCUAAACACUGCACACAAAAACCUCAAACUGUCAGAAGAGAACAGGAAAAUAUCAGGUUCAGAUAAAGCUCAGCCGUAUCCUGAUCACCCAGAGCGAUUUAAUGUGUUUCCCUACAUCUUGUGUAAAGAGGGUUUGUACGGUCGCUGCUACUGGGAGGUCGAGUGCAGUGGGAAGGAAUGGGUUGUAGCAGUUUGUUAUAAAGGAAUUAGACGUAAAGGAAACAGUGAUGACUGUAGACUUGGAUUCAAUAAAAUAUCCUGGAGAUUUGACUAUUUUAAUCAGAAUUUCUAUUUCACACAUGAUAAAGCCGAAGUCUCAAUCCCUGCUUACCGCUCCUCUAGAAUAGGAGUGUAUCUGGAUCACAGAGCAGGAACUCUGUCCUUCUACAGCGUCUCUGACACAAUGACUCUCCUUCACAGAGUCCAGACCACUUUCACUGAACCCUUAUACCCUGCUUUUGGGGUUAGUUAUGGUUCAUCUGUCAGAAUCAUAGAGCAAAGGAGAGUUCAGACAGAUCAGAAAUAAAUAUACUGAUUGAAUUUCAGAUUCAAUUGCUAAACUUCUGAAAAAUGCAGGCCUAUAUAUUUAAAUUAAAAUGUAAUUUGUAGUUAAAAAGAUAUCAAAAACACCAUCAAUGAUUAUAUGGCUACAACACUCUUUUAAGCCACUCUCAAGUUGUAUUUAAUAAAUAAAUAUACAUUCCAUUAUCAGAUGUUGCAAAAAUAUAUAUAUAUUUUGUUUAUUCUGUAAUUUUUGUUAAUGGAUAAUAAUUAAAGGUGCU